GCAGCGCAGCAGCAACUCGACCAUCUCACGGAGUCUGACUCUGCUGCCAUGAGUAUCAACGGAGCAGACUCGGUGUCGUCGGACUCGGGGAUUCCGCUUGAUCGCUUCAUGCAACGAAGGUUGCAGCGGCUAAACACCGAGCAGGGUUUCCGCGAGCAGCGUCAGGCUUCACUGUCGUCGCAGCAGACCCAACACUCGAAAUCAUCGUCUUCGCAACAACAAGAAUUCCUCCACCAACAACCACUUCAGCAACAGCAGCAUCCGCCACAACGCCAACAAUCCCUUCCAGACCACCCUGAUCAGCCGCUACCCACCCGCAUUCCUGCCCAAGUCAUCCCCAGUCUCCCGAAUUCGACUGCCACGACGCCAUCCUCGUCCUCGGCGUCGCCGCACUCGCACUUCCGUCACGACACUCCUCAGCAGCCGCAAUACCAACCACUUCGUAAUUUCGCAAAACUGCACGACGACGGGCCAAUUCAUCUCUCGACCUCCAAAGCCUCGCCGCGCCAGCCGUCAAUGGCUUCGUCCCAGAGCCCCGCUCCUACUGCCAGAGANCCCUCCAUCCUGUCGCAACAGCAACCACAACAAUCUAAAGACGUCGGUCGCUCGACCCCGCAGCCCCAGGCUGAGGAUUUGACCGAGGAUCAGAUUCGACAGUUGCUCAACGACCACAAAGAGCUCCGCGAGAAAUACCAGAAGGUCAAAAAGUACUAUUUCGAGAAAGAAGACCAAGUCAAGCAACUGCAAAACAGUCUCGCUCACCAAAGAAUUGCUCAGUCGCGCACUUCUCUCGACGAUGGCGAGUAUGCGACUCGUUUCAACCGCCUGGAUGGCCUGAUCGCACAACUGUCCUUCAGCAUUAGGNNGAAGAGCUGGAAGUCGGUGCCUACCUGGCUUGCUCCAGCUGUGAACAAGGACGCUAUAACCAUUGGCAAGCAGGAGAUGACGGCGGUUGGCCGCGCCUUCGUUUCGAAAUGGCUAGUCGAAGACGUCUUUGAACGCUACUUCCACCCGGACAUUGAUUUGGCCUUGUCGACACAAUUGAAGCAGAUGCAGAACAACAUCCGCCUCUUUGCACCGCCGGCCUCAGUGCACGAGGAUGAAGAGUACCUCACUUCCAAGGUCGUCAACUGGCGACUGACCACACUCGAGGCCAUGCAAGAUAUACUGCGACUGCCCGAGGCUCCAAACCAUCGCUCUCAUCUGACUGAUCUGCUCAAGACGCAGCUCCGUACUGCUCUUGAGGCGCACCUCGACAACCCACCCAUGUCUGACCUUGAUGGUGGCGUGCACAUGAUCUGUGAACUUGCCGUCGCAAUGCUGGGUCAUCUGCCGCAAGAAAGUCGCGACGUCACAAUCGAAUACUUCCCGCCAGGUCAUGCUUUGAACACUGACAUUAUGAAGAUCGAGUCUGGUAUACCAGCCUUGACUAGCUCGAUUGCCGACGAGAUGGCCGAACGCGGCAGCGUGAACAGCGAAUUGGCCGAUACAAACGACCGAGCAUCUGCUGAGUUGACGUCGCGCCGACGUAACAUGCUGAGUGCAUUCACUGGUCACAAGAAGAGCCACCCAGCACAAGGAAAGCUGAACGGCGGAAGCAGCACCAGCCUGGCUGGCAANGAGGAUCGUGUGCGCCUGGCAGUGGGCAUCGCGGCGCACGUUCGGGAGCGUGGAAUCCUUGUCAAGGCUCCCGUCUUUACAGCGUUUUAA